CUUCUCCCUCACCAAACACAUCAGUUACGUUUUCCAGUGCUCCGGUCCGCCAUGACAGAUUCAUCAAGUAACCAGCCUAGUGAGAAUCCCAAGGCAAAGGAAGAGCCAGUCGCAGAGGCCCAGAACGGAGAAGCCAGUGACACGGAUAUCGACACGAUCGAAGCAGAAUUGGCGGCAGGAGCACGCGCGUUCGCGUUCAAGAAUUACGCGAUCGCAACGGAAUGUUUCUCGAAGGCAUGCGAGAAGUUGACUACCCAUCAUCCACAGAACCACUCGGCGAUUAUCGAUGCCCAUCUCUCGUACGGCAAAGCAUUGCUCCGGAACGCGAUUACUUUGGGAAGCUUGUCAGGUGGUCUUAAUGCCCAUAAUACUGCGGCAACUGAACCAGAAGACACCCCGUCCGAAGUGGCUGGCAAUGCACCUUCAUCCUCUAAAGUAGGUGCUAGCGCUGCAAGUGCAUCUAAGCCACCCCAGCCAGCUCUCAAGGGAAUCAAAGGCAACCCUCAAAUCCACUUUUCCGGAGACUCAUCGGAUGAGGAGGGUGAUGAAGGAGAGGAAGGAGACGAGGAGAUUGAUCAAGCCGAGGAACCGGUGACAGUGGAAGACGAAUUAGAAAACGCGUUCCAAGUCCUCGAGUUCGCACGUCAAUCGAUUCUAUCACAGAUCGACUCUUCGAAAGAUCAACCAGAGCAGGUUGAAAAACUGCAGAACAAAUUGAUCGAUGUCUAUGAUCUGAUUGCACAAGUUCACCAAGAAGGCGAACAAUUUGAACAGGCCGUUGAAUCCUAUAAAAGCUCACUCGAAAUCAAAAAAUCUCGGACAGAUAUAACGGCAGGGGCGAUCGCGGAGACUCACUUGAUGAUCGCGUUAGCACUCGAGUUGAUUCCGGACGAGGGAGAAUCGAUGAAACAAGCGAUCGGACAUGUCGAUGAGGCGAUCGAGUUGAUGAGAGCCCAACUGGCGAAAUUGACCCAGAAAUCUGAGGGCCAGACUGAGGGCAAAGGCAAGGGAAAAUCGACCGGAUCGUCUGGGGAGGCUGAGCAAGACGCUGGAGCGGCCGACAAACUGAAAUUAGAUAGAGAGGAGACUCAAUCCUUAAUCGCCGAACUCGAGGCCAAGCGGGAAGAGUUGAAGACUGUCCCUCAAGCGCCAGCGAUGAGUGACGCCGAUAAAGCUUUGCAGGUUUACCUGGCUGCCGUCAAUAACAACCCAUCGACUACCAACGGGAAAGCAGCCAUCAAUGAUCUCACUAACUUGGUCAAGAAACGUGCUCGUCCCGUCGACUCCUCGUCCGAUCCCCAACCUAACACCUCGUCAUCUUCAUCUGCCAUACCCACCAUCACUACCACAAUCCCUCCGCCCGAGACCCCUUCCAAAAAGCUCAAAACCUCUGAUCAAACUGCUGAUCUUUGAAAAUCUCACCCAAUAUUCCAUUCCAUACCUUUCUUUUUGGAUUGUGUUUGUUUGUUUCCCAUGCGUAUGGGGAUCUUGCUUUCCUUUUUGCUCAUGGAUCACCUUGUUCAUUCAACUCACUGUUUGUGUACCCACACAUACAAAUCAGAAGGUGUUUCAUCUUGUUCUUAAUUUUUAGCUAUAUAUUUUAUGGAGGAGGGCAAAGUUUGUGUAGUCCAUUUUGCAGUGGGUAACCUUUGUAAUGGAUGGUCAUGGCAAAGGUGCCCCUAUAGUCUUAACAGAUCCUCUUGAGAAAAUUUUACUUUGGCUGGGCUAUAAAUUUGUUAAUGAAGACAGUCAUGUAUGAUUUCUCUUUGAAGAAAGUGUAAUUUGGUCUGU